GGACUUCAUUUCCCAGCAGCCACUGCACCAUACUACAUGAUUGUCACAUGACCACCUGCUUUCUCAGAAAUUUGGUUGCAGCCGUUGUAUAGCUUCCUUUUCUUCCCCAUCCAGGUAUUUCAUGUAUUUUCUGCCUAUAGCCAGUUCAGGUAUUUCAUGUGUUCCAGCUCAAGCACACCCUGUGCAACUAAUGAAGCCCUUGAAGAGAGGGAGUUCAUAUCAGACUCAGAGUUCCUGAACCGAGCAGGAUGAUGAAAAGAGAGAAACUGCAGAAGCAGCUGGGCGAGUACAUCUUAGAUACUGUCAAAUGCACUGAAACAGUAAAGGAGUUUUGUGACAGAGAAUCAAAAUGGACCUUACAGAGAGAGACCGAGCUCGAUAUGAUGAGAGACAUCAAAGACCGGGCCGAUCAGAUCACUCUGAAGUUUGACCAUGUUCACAAGGCUAAGGACAAGGCCAAGGCUUUUGGAGAGUACAUGUGGAAUGGUCUGACUCAGGUUACAGCAGAUUCCAGAAGGCAGAAGCUGGAGAAGGAGCUAGGAGAAGUUUUGAAGAAGACUUUAGAAGGACUGGAGAAACUCCAACAUUUCCUGGAUGCAGUGGAGAAGCUAGCCGUCACCUCACUGUUUGUGUUUAUGGAUGAGAGCUUCAUGCCAAAGGGUGUGAGUUCCAUGUCCGUACGUUCAGUGAUCUCUGCAGCCAGAAUCGUUUCUCCACUCCUCGUCCACUUCAAGAGAGACACAGGAGCGUUCUUCCGGCCGAUCCUCAGGAAUGUGGAAGUCCUGGCCAUCCAGCUGGACAAAUACAUCCGUAUCACUCAGCAGAUCUGUGAGAAGAUGGAGAAAAUAUCCAAGUGGAUAUCAGGUUCUGGAGGUUUUCAUGGAUGGAAAAAUGGGAAAUCUUCACUGAAAUUUAAUUUGAACGUGAGUGAGGAGUCUGUGCACGAUCUGUAUGACCAUUUACUCCAGCUAACUAAAAUCAGGAGGGACGAGUUGUUCAGGAUGAAUUUCCUAUUUGGCGAAAAGGCACAAGGCUUCAUUAAUUUAUUCACUGAGUGCCACACCAGGAUGUUUGUGUUCCUGUCUGAUUUAGAGAAGGCUGCAGCUGAGCUGGACAAGAUGAAGAAGGGCUCCAACAUGUCCACUGUGGCUGGAAGUUCGGUCGGUAUUGCAGGAGGUGUUUUGUCUAUCAUAGGUUUAGCUCUCGCUCCAGUCACUGCAGGCGCAUCUUUGGCCCUCACACUCACAGGCGUUGGUCUUGGAGUCACCAGCGGUGUCAACAGCCUUGUUACAGGCAUCACUGAAAUGGCAGUCAACAGUCAUCAAGGGAAAAACGCAGACGACAUCUUUACCAGGUUUAUGGAAGACAUGCAGAAGAUCCUAGAUUAUAUGGAAGACGUGGCCAACAGCGUCUGUGCUGUAGAAAGUGCCAAUGGCGUUCAAAUGGUAUUUAAAGCUGGGAAACUGAUUGUUUGUGCUGGAGCAGUAGGAAAAUGUAUUGAUGCUAUAGUGGAUGGAGCUUCAGCUGCAAAAGUUCUCAGAAGUGAGGAGGUGAUUGCAAAGGCAGUUAAUAUGGGGCUUCAGGAAGCUAACGCAGGUCAGAGCAUCCCAAAACUGGCUGCAGAUCUUCCUGACAUUGGGCAGCUGGCUAAAGGAACUCCUCUGGCCAUUUCAAAGUCAGCCAGGGCAGGGUUUAUUACUUUAAAUGCCCUCUUUAUUGGUGUAGAUGCUUUUUUCAUCGCUAAAAGUGGUAUUAGUCUGGCCAAAGGGAGCAAAAAUGAAGUGGCUCAGCUCAUUCGCUCCAGAUCGGCUCUGUGGCGCUUGGAGGUGGAGGCGUGGGAGAAGAUCUAUAACCAUCUGUUUGAAGGAAUCGCAGGGUUUCACAAGAAUCGGGAAAUUCUAGAGCAACAUUUCUACUUUUAAAGAAUAAAUUUGACCAAAAUAGUGACCUGGCAGUGAGAGUGAUUAUAUUCUUUAAGCAAUAAUUUUAUCCUAAAAUGAAUUCUACUUAAAAUGGUGAUUUUGGUAAUUAGUCUGAAGUCUUUCACAUACUGUACUGCAGUUGAUUGCUAUGUAUAUUUACUAUUCUUAUUUUUGACAUUCAUUCCAUGUAUAAAAAUUAUAUUUUAAACAUUGGAAUAUGUAAUAUGAUUUAUUUUUGCAUUCCUUUAGAAACUCUGUUUAAUGUCUUGAAAAUGUAGUAAUGUGUGUAAUCACAGCUUUCAUAUAUUUAAAAUGCAGCUGAAACAACAUGGAAAGUAAGAAAAGAUAGUCAAAAAUAAAAUGUCUAACUUUUAGAGAGCUUUUAUAUAUUUUAUGUAAUUAGAAUUUGUGUUUGAUUGUGCCUUUUUAAUCAUAUUCAGUUUUCAUUUUGAUAAAUGAGUAAAGGAGGUAGAAUUUGAGAUGAAUGUACAUGACAAGAGCCACUUAUUGAUAAUAAAUUUUUAAUCACUUAUUACUGAACAUAUUGAA